AGAGAGCAAAGCAAAAGCACGUCCAUCAGAGUGCCGCGAGGGGCGAGAGAGCGACAGCGAGACCGCGCGCAUUGCCGUCGUUGAUCGUCGACGGCCAUUGACUGACCUGUCAUGGGCAACUUCCAAAAUGGCAGAAGCCGUGCAGAUGUUUUUGUUCCUAUUUAAAUCGAAGUACAGGCGAAAAGUCGACGAUACUUCGUCACCCGAUUCCGCGUCGUUAAUCGGUAGUGUACCGUGGGUGUUGUGGAUCGUCGUACUUUCGGCUAUAAUAAGGAAGGCAAGCGGCGCCGUUACCCUAGACGAGACGAUCACCUCAGUCUGCAGCCUCGAUUCUUGCGUUAACGGUGAUUGCGCCAACGGAACCUGCCUCUGUCACGAAGGAUGGCAAGGACCCGCCUGCCAGUAUUGCGGCGGCAAAGUGAGGUUGACUGAGCCAUCGGGAAGCAUUCACGACGGCAACGGGAAUUAUUCAAUAGACGUGAAAUGUUCAUGGCUCAUAGACACCGGCACGAAUUCCUCGAUAAGGAUGCACAUCGAGGAGUUCGCAACGGAAUGCGGCUGGGAUCACCUUUACAUAUACGACGGGGACAGUGUGAACGCACCUUUGCUCGGCGUCUUCUCGGGCCUAAUGUACAAAGAUGGCUACCACAUCCGGAGGGUGCCGGAAGUGAUAGCGCACUCCGGAAGCGCCCUGCUACAUUUUUAUUCGGACGUCGCUUACAACAUGAGCGGAUUCAAUAUUACCUACAAAGUGAACGCUUGUCCGAGCAGGUAUUCUCACAUCGACUGCUCGGAACACGGCGUUUGCAUCGAGAGUGUUUGCACUUGCGACGCCACGUGGACAGGUGAGGCCUGCGAUGUUCAGGUCUGUCCGAACAACUGUUCUUACAGUAUCGGACAAGGAGAGUGCAAUCGGGAACAACAUCAUUGCGAGUGCGUUAGCGGUUUCAAAGGAGUUGACUGCAGCCAACGGAUCGAACGGGGCGUCUGGGAAGCGAUAACGUACAAAGAUUCAUCGAUCGAGGGAUCGGCGAGUCACUGUUCGAUAGUCUGGCGUGACUCUUUGUACGUAGUGGGCGGGGAGAGUUAUCACAAGGGUGAAAUGAUAUACGUUUACGAUUUCACUGGAAACGUUUGGGAGACACCGCAUUACGGUGGUAAGCAUCCGGAGCCGCGUUAUGCGCACUCCUGCGUACUCUACGGCGACAAGAUCUACAUGUACGGUGGAGUGAUCCAGAACUCAACGAUCACUAACGAGAUAUGGGCCUUCGACGUGUCCUCCCAGGUAUGGGAGAACGUCACAGUCCGUAACAACUGCUCCAACCGAACGAUGUGCGGUCCUCUAAAGGUCGCUGGUCACACGGCCACUCUGGUCCAGACUCACGGUAAGAAGGAGAAAAUGGUAGUAAUCUUCGGACACUCGCCGCAGUUUGGGUACCUCAACACCGUCCAGGAGUACUACUUCGGUGUCCGGGAAUGGCAGAUGGUCGAGACCUCCGGGUACCCGGUUAAGGGUGGAUACGGUCACAGUGCGUCACUGGAUCCCUUCACCGAGUUGAUCUACGUCUACGGUGGCUACGUAUCCGAGUCCCAAAGCACCCAGGUCCUGACUAGCAUACUGUACUCCUAUCACCCGAACACUAGGGAGUGGAGACUGCUCACCUCGGCACCGUCGGCGCGUUUCUUUCACUCCGGUGUCUUCGUAUCCGGCGGUCUGAUGCUCGUAUUCGGUGGAAACACCCACAACGACACCGUCCAUUCCCACGGUGCUCGGUGCUACUCGUCGGACACGAUUGCCUACGACGUCACCUGCGACUCUUGGCACCAGUAUCCGAUGCCAUCCGAGCUCACUGACCUUCCAAGGUUCGGACACAGCGCUGUUAAAUUCGACUCAGCGAUGUACAUUUACGGGGGUUUCGACGGACAGAUGUUGUCCGAUAUGAUAAGGUUCAGACCCGGUAGCUGUGACCACCUAACAAUACAGAAACAGUGCGUCAAUUCGACCAUUGGCGUUAAGUGCGUUUGGGACAAACGCGAGGGACGUUGCGAACCGAUAUCUAAGAUCCAAAGACACGUGCUCGAGGACGACGAGGCCCACGAUGGUACCUACAUGAGGUGCGUCGACGGAUCACCACCUCGCGGUAUGUCCUCACAUAAGGAACUCUGCAAGGUCCAAUCUGACUGCGCAGCUUGCGUUCAAACGUCCUACAGCUGUGUUUGGUGCGGUAAAAGCUGCGCCCAUGAGACCUGCUGGGAGAACGGAAACUCGGCGAUGAUGAAGCCGAUCAAGCACUUGGAGCAGUGCGAUUUUCACUCCGAGGCGGAGUGUCUUCAGCUUCACACGUGUCCAGCUUGCUCGAAUAAUCCAAGGUGCGUUUGGUCCUACGACAGGUGUAAACCGCAGUCGAAGAAUACCGUCGUUGGCAACAACACGACGGUUCAGAACCAGGUUCAACCUCUGACUAUGGACACUUGUCCGAUAUCAUGCAACGAGUUUACGUCGUGUAAAAACUGCACGGAGUUUGAAUGUAUUUGGUGUCAGAACGAGGGAAAGUGUGUCGACAAAAAUGCUUAUCCGGCCAGUUUUCCUUACGGACAAUGUCGCGAAUGGACUACUAGUGACAACAGGUGUCGGUCCACUGAGACCGGAAGGGAGUGGUGCAGCUUUUAUUCAUCCUGCACAGGAUGCAGGUCUGAUCCGGGAUGCGGGUGGUGCGACGAUGGCUCUGGGACCGGGAAGGGACAGUGUCUGGAAGGUGGGGCCAGAGGGCCCACCCUAAAGGGGACUAACGCGUGUCCCUCUGACGAUUGGUACUUCACCAAGUGUCCAAGUUGUCAGUGCAACGGGCACAGUACGUGUCUUCCAAACAGUAGCGUGUGCAUCCAGCCAUGUGCGAACUUGACGCACGGACCUCACUGCGACAAGUGUGUUCCAGGAUACUUCGGCAGUCCGUUAAACGGUGGCACUUGCCAACCCUGCGCCUGCAACGAUCAAGGCACUCAAUGCAUCAGUGACUCUGGAAAGUGUUUUUGCACAACAAAAGGCAUCACGGGUGAUCAUUGCGAAAGGUGUGACGUCAAUGGUAGAUAUUACGGCGACCCGACGAACAAAGGAUCCUGUUUUUACAAUCUGACGAUCGAUUAUCAGUUCACGUUCAACCUGAGCAAGAAGGAGGAUCGUCACUACACUGCUAUAAAUUUUAAAAAUUCACCUCCAAAGUCGGAUGUGGACGCUGAUUUUUCUAUAACCUGUUCCGUUCUUGCCAAAAUGAAUAUCACAAUACAGAAAGCCAACAGUCCUGAGAAACCGUUACUCUCCGGGGCAAAUUGUACGACGUACAAACACAGAUUCAGUAAGGCUGAAUACAAUUUUGGAAGCGAGGACAACAAUACUCUGACCACCUUCUACGUCUACGUUUACGACUUUCAGCCACCACUGUGGAUACAAAUUUCAUUUUCACAAUAUUCUAAAUUGAAUCUUCAACAGUUUUUCAUCACAUUUUCUACAGAAUACAUGUCCCCUUACAGAUGUUUCAUGGCAUUACUUCUCGUCGCCGCUGUACUUUGGAAAAUCAAGCAGAAAUAUGACAUGUACAGAAGACGACAGCGUUUACUCGUCGAGAUGGAGCAAAUGGCGAGCAGAGCCUUCAGCCAAGUCCUCGUCGAGAUUGAACGUCGAGAUAUCGAACCGGUCAUAACUGAGCGAAUACCCAACACUGAGAUGAGUAAUACUCGGAAGAAGAAAAAGGGCGCUCCUAGUCCCAUCGCUCUGGAACCAUGCUGCGGAAACAGAGCUGCCGUUCUGUCUCUCCUAGUGCGACUGCCCACAGGUGGCGAAGCCUAUACGCCGGCUGGCCAAAGCGCAGGACUCGCAGUGGCGUCCGCUCUUGUAACUUUGGGGAGUCCGAGAAGACCAUCGCAAGAGGUGACGACAAAAGAACCGAAGAAAUCCCGAAAAAGCGCUAGUCAGCAUCCGGAUUCGACGUGCAUAUAGCGAUAGCUCCGUGUCGAAACGAGGUUCUCAACGUUCGUAUCUCAGCCUGAUCCGGGUUUCGGUCAGAAUCGAGGUAACUGUCGAAUCGUCUCGUCGUAUCGACGACUAAAUUUCGUCUUUCGUCCAAGAAGUAAGUUCUUCUUCGCGGUUCUCUGAGGUUGUGCGAAGUUGUAGAUUCUUCGCUGUAUCCUGCGUCUGAGAUUGUGUCAUCGAUGAUCCGCGAUAUGUUGUGGCGCCUUAUCGCUUCUGGUGUCGAAACAACAGGCGUAGCUUGAACAGUAAAACGUAUAAAUCUUUCAAACGUAACAUAUCGCGCUCGUUUCGACGACUUGCCAAGUGAGAUUAUUUCUUCUAAUUGUUAAGAUGGUAUAGAUAUUUUCUCAACCUAUGACGGAACGCCGUGCGGUUUGUGGCUAGCUUUAGUUUUCAGAGACCCGUAAAGAAAUGCUUCCGCUGAAUCGUAGACCGUUUCAGUCUUCGGUUUGAAAAUCUAAACCCGUCGUAGACAUUCCGUCGUUAAUUGAUUUGCGCAGAACUGAAUUAACGGCGAUCACUGAACGAGACUCAGAUUUCAAAUGCGCUGCGAUUGGCUUACGCAGAGUCAAUUUCUCAUCGGAGACUUGACGAGAAAAAGAUGCUUCUGAAAAAGAUGAACGAGAAGAAGGGGGGAUGCAAUUGAAAAAUUAAUUACUCUCUAAACUGAAUUAAUAAUCAGAUGUCCCGAAAGGAAAACUAGCGCAGGGGACUGAGGUGAAGUGAAUCGUAAAAUGAUGCCGUCAAGCUGUCGCAAGCCUUAAAUAAACCUAUACACCCUUGCUCGUACGAUGAUUAUUAAUCGUUUGGCAGACGGUGAAAAUAGUUUCUUUUUUUCCUUCAAAUCAAAUCUUCCGUUGGGAAUAAACCGCUUGGUUUUAACUAUAUAUUAAUCUUAGCAACGUAUCUUCGAGGAGAAAGUUGCGUACCGGCAAAGGUGAGACGCAAAAUUUGCGUUGUGUGUUCAUAGUAAAAAGACAAUUUUCACGUUAGCGUAUGGAAAAAGUUGAGGGAAGGGAAACGUGAGUCAGGAAAAAUUGAAAAGAAAGAAAACACGAGAAAAGUAAGCGCCGGAUUCCCAAAGAUAUCCUCCAGUAAAUGUAUAUAGAUUAUUUAAGAGCAGCUGUAUCGGAUUGGAGAAUGAACUGAACCGUCGAAUCUCAAGAUUUAGCCUAAUCGAUGAGAGGAUCCUCGAUGAUUUCUCUCGACAUUUGAAAACGAGGAACGGCGAUUAAUUGUGUCUAGGAGAGAUUGAAAAUUUGCCAAAACUUUUGAACAGAUAUUUUUGUUCGUUUCGACAGCGUUGCAAUUCUAAACUAUGGGACUUGAGGGCGUUGCAAUAAGGAAACGAUAAUCUCGAGAUAAAUAUUGAUUUACGCAAGUCCAGAAAGCUAGAACCACAAGAUACGAUAGCGAAGUAUAAACGGCAGAGAAAUAGUAUAUUGUAUAAUUUAUAAUACGCGCUGCAUCGUCUCUUGUGACAAUAUUUUAAGACGUAGACAUGACACUUCCCUGCAUCACAUGAUAUUAGAUUACCUUAAUUAUAGAGACAAACAUCCGUACAUGCAUAUAUACAUACAUACAUACACGCGUAUAGCAAUUACAUUAAUUCAAUAACGUAUUUGUAUAUUGGAAAUUUUUAAUCACUCAUUAUGAAUUAGCGUAAACUAUUCGUGUGCUUUAUAUUUUAAUAAUCCAUACUUUAGUUCUCCGUCGUUCCGACGAAAACUUUUCACCUGAAUAAUUCGAGAAUUCCGGACUUUCGUUUCUUUUUUCUUUCAUCUUUCAUCCGGAGUCGGAAUAAAAUUUUGUGUUCUUUUUCUUUCGUUCAGACUUUUGCAAAGACGAUAUACUUCUAUUUAACCACGUGUUGUUAGUUUUAAUUAGAUAUCUACAAUAUUUUGUUCUACCGUCAGUCAAUAAUUGCCCUUCAAAAAAAUUCACAUUUGUAUCGUCAAGGCGAUGUCGAAUCGCUGGAGCAGUUCGAUUUUCGCUCGCGAUGCGAAAUGUCCAUUACAUGAUUUUUUACGAAUCAAGUCGAUUUCUAUUUAUUGAAUAUGUGCUCUCACUCAUUCGUUCGUUCGUAAUUUCACUCGUGAUAUUAAAAACAUUUUAGCCGCUAUCGGAACAAGUAAUCCCAAUAUCUUCCUUCGUUUUUCAAAUUUGAAUAAUUAUUUUUUACCCCCACGUAUUAUACCACAAACCAAGUGUCAUUCCGAAAGAAGGCAUUUGAUUCAAAGAUCAGGAUUUUUAUACUCGUGUUACUUUUUUGUUCUCUUUGAAUUUUAUUUUAUUUCAUUUUUUUCGUUUUUUUGUUUUUUGACGUUUUUCUUCUUGUAGGGUGAAAAAUUGAACGUAAGGAAGAGAGGAAAAAAUUUUUUUUUUUUUUCUUCAUUUCAACAAAACCCGAAAGUACAGUCAGCUUAGUCCUGUGAAUACGUCCAGAAAAUUUUCAAAAGGAUGAUUCAACAAUGAAUUGACUAGGGACACGAGCCCCGGUCUUUCUAUUAACCCGAUUCUUAGAUCUAUAAAAGAAUAGAUGAUACUAAGAUAAAAAAAAAAAAAAAAAAUUAAACAGAAAGAACGAAAAAGAAAAAAAAAAAAGAAAACAAGUAUAAAUAUGUUGAUAACAAUUUUUAAAAUGAAAUCCACUCAGUUUUAAACUUAAGCGUACAGAAUAUAUACACAAGAUAUUUCGAAAAAAAAAAAACAAAUGAAUAAAAAAACAAGCAACCGAGCAAA